ACGAGCGUCGGAAGUUGCAACACCGCCCAUAUGGCGGUGCGCAGAGAUCCGCUAGAGAGCGGAAAACAGCGAAUUCAGGAAGGAAUAACAAAACUGUCUGAAUUAACGGAACCCCUCGAUGUCUAUCGCGACUGUUUACGCUCGCAAAUAGAGGAGUUCGAUAAGAAAAGAGAUGUUUGCAGACACAGAGUUGCGUCUUCUUUCUCUCGUAUUGCAAAGCUCAUUGGAGCGAAAGAGCAAGAGAUGCUGCAGCUCCUAGACGACGCGUGUGAAGAAGCGAAGAACGCAGCGGGAGACAAACUGCGAGAGACUGAGUCGGUAUCGGAAGCGACCGCGGAGGCAUCGACGUCUGCUUCUUUAUUACUUGAAGUUACAGAUAAACAGGCAUUCUGUGCUCAGUUUUCAGCGACUAGUCAGAAACUACAGUCUUGCCUGGACAACCUUCUUCUGUUUGGAUUGGAUAUCCCCACAUCAAAAGACGAACAAGAAACUGGAACACUACCAAAAUUGGCAGUCGUCGAAAAGGAAGCUGCUCAACUAUGUCAAAGAGUUAUGGACCUGUUGAUGUCAGAAGGUGAGAAGGCAAGUAGUCUCAAGUCUGAUAUCACUUCAGUUGUAACAGAGAAAAGUCAAAGCAGUCACGACGAUAGCAAAAGUAAAUGUGGAGGUAACAUGGAUUCCAAGCAGCAGUCAUUGCAAUUCGCAAUUUCAACAUCUAAGCACACGGAAUCCAAGCAGCAGUCGUCCCAUUUUACAUUUUCAACAUCUAAACUGCAGGCAUCGCCCUUCACAUUUUUGAAAUCUAAUGCAACGAGUAACUCACUAAAUGACAGAACAGCUUCCCAAUCAGCUGAGAAGACGUAUCCAGCAACGAGCAACGAUCAGGAUCGGGUGCAGAGAUCAGCUCUUAGACUGACCUGGCCAACCACCAAUCCUACAUUUAUAUAUCAAAACAGAGCAACACCUGCUGUUGUUCCUCUGUAUAGCCCUGUUGUUACCCCAGUUGUCACCCCGGUUGUUACUCCUGUUUGUACCCCGGUGCUAUCAAUGCCUCGGAGUCCAGUUGUGGUAGGCCUUCGACCGUUUCCACUAAGACAAGGCUUGUCCAUGCAAGUUGUGGUGACUGAAGCUGUCAGUCCGUCUUGCUUUUGGAUACAAAUAGGAGGCCAGCAGCUUGAUCAGCUAAUGGCAAGGCUACGUGUGCACUUUUCAAUGCAGUCUCCACGUGUUCUUGGUCAGCCUGUGUGGUGUCCUGCUGUAGGGAGUGUAUGUGCUGCUUGCUACAGCACAGACCGACAAUGGUAUCGUGCUUGUGUUGUCAGUAUUACUCCACCAGCCAGUAAUGUUUCACUGCUUCGAGUUUGUGUUCUUUAUGUUGACUACGGUAACAAGGAGGAGGUAUCGGUUCUUGAUAUUCGACCUCUUGAUGAGCAGUUUUUUGAUCUGCCAGCACAAGCAGUGAUUUGUUCGUUGAAUGGAGUUCAAGCAUUAGGACCUGAUCCGAAAUUGUGGUCUGAUACUGCUCGCAGUUGGUUUGUGCAGGCAAUAGCAAGACAGACUCUGCUAGUGUCGAUUGUCAAGCUACCAAGCAUGCAAGAACAUACUUUGGUUGAAUUGUAUGCAGUGUGGGGAUCACAGAAGCUGAACAUUGGCAAUAUGAUGCUUAAUGCUGGUCUUGCUGUUGUGCCGACAUUCAACCAACCACAGAAUCAAGCACCAAUUAGUUUUCCACAACAGCAAGCUAGUGAAGCUACUGCAGCUGUGUAUUUUUAUGGAAGUAAUGAUGGUGAGCAUCGUGGAUCAAGCUUGUCGCCGACCAUGAGUACGACAGAAGAAUCACAGUUGAAAUCUCCGACGGAUACAGGCUCACUUCAAGGAUCUAAUUCUGGUGGAUCAAAGGGCUCGAGGAAAAUAGCCCUUGCCAGACGACGCUGCAACAGCAGUUCAAGUGGCGAAGGCAAGAAAGACCAGAGUAAUAGAAAUACAUCUCCCGUGUCUGACAAAAGAGAACAAGCACGUGAUACAACACACACAGAGUCACCGGUAUUGCCAUUACACGGUCUUACUUAUCGAUCGUUUCCUGCUUCAUCUGUCUCGUGUGAAGAAGCUGCAGACCUCCAAGUGAUGGUUUCUCAUGUGCAAAAUCCUGGUAGGUUCUACGUUCACGUUAUUGGCAAGGAGUUAAAGAAAUUUGACACGCUUAUGCAUCAACUGAACGAAUACUGCAAUCACGAAGUGAUGUCACCAUUGGUGUAUCCAAAACUUGAUCAACCUUGUGCUGUCAUGUUUCGAGAUGAUUGUCGCUGGUGUCGCUCAGUGACUGUAGGCAUUCAGUCUGGUGAAGUAUGUGUUAACUAUGUUGACUAUGGCAAUAGAGAGUGGGUGUGCCCUAGUGAUGUCUAUUCGUUGCCCGACCGGUUUCUGGACCUGCCAAAGCAAGCAGUUGAGUGCACUCUGGCAGAGUUAUGUCCUCAUGAAUUGACUCCUCCACCAAGCAGCACGUCUCAAAAUGAAUCAGAGCAGGAUGACGAAUGGCUGGCUUACACCGUGGCUGGUCCGGAGGGCAAACAGGCGUGUCGACGCGACACGCCAAAUCUCAGUGCAACAUGGCAAAAAGCCGCAUCUGAGUUGUUUGAGAAGCUCACUGGAGAUUUUCGAGUUCUUUUUGCAAAAGUUGUUCCUUCAAAGAGAGCAAAAUGUAAAGCAAGAUCGCCAAGAUCGAGAACAAGUUCGGCAGCAUCUUCUCCUGAUUUGAAUCGCCGCAGCAGCAGUUCUAUUCAACGUCGUUUGUCAAGUACAUGUGAAGAGCUGGAUCCAGUUCUUCGGUUGCACUUGUAUGACACGACAUCUGUGCCUGAAGUUUAUAUCAACCAGUCAUUGGUCGAUGCCAGACUUGCUGACUCGUGGACAUUGAAGCCAAAGAAUGUGACUACAGACCAAGACGAUGAGCAAUCCGAUGAGCAUUCAGUGAAUCAGGGGCACAACUUGGUGGCUGCUGCUUCACCUAGUGUAGACGAUGUAUUUGGUGAUUGGGAUCCAAUGAGAGCAGAACACGAGUCUAUUAGAAACACGUAUCGUCUCAAUCCGGAUGAUGCAGAUGUGGCUUUGUUUGGCUACGCAAAUUCAGAAGGCAGACGCGACGAGAAGAGCAUUUGUCGCUUUUAUAGUCUAGGUUGGUGUCGAAGAGGAGAUACUUGUCGAUACAAGCAUGUAGCACCUGACGAUGCUGGGGCUGUAUACGUGAGCAAAAACCUCAUUUCUUUGCCAGCGAUUGGAAAUUGGAUAUCGGUCGUUGUGACUGCUGUGACUCAUCCACAUCUAUUUUGGGUGCAACUUCCACAGGGAUCACGAAACAUGAUGGAUGAUUAUGAUUCCGAUGGAGAGUCGGAUGAGACAAAUGGGCAGAAAUUGGCGGAGUUGACGGACGUGUUGCAGAAGUUUGGUAACAGCAAGAGUCGGUUCAGUCACGACGUUAUUGACGUGUCAGUUGGCGAGUGGGUGUGUGCACUUUCUCAGCGAGAUAAACAAUGGUACAGAGCUGUUGUUAUUGAUGGCAGUAAAGCAGACGGAGUUGUAAAGGUAUUCUGGGUUGACUAUGGAGAUUGCGAGUACGUUUCUGAGGAUAGCUUGCUACCAAUGGAUCAGAGGUUUCAACAUCUUCCUUUCCAGUCUGUGGAAUGUCAUCUCGUAGGAGUCGAGCCAUAUGGAACUGAAUGGUCACAAGAUGCCAGAGAGUUAUUUCAUCAAUGUACUGUUGGAAAGCUUCUUUGUGCUCAAGUUCAUUUUCGGUAUCCAGGCAGGUUGUUCAUUAGUCUGUACAACACUGGUGCUGACGAUGAAGAUGUCGGCAUUGCCAAGCUGCUGAUUGAUGCAGGGGUAGCUCGAGCGAACGAUAGUUAUCUAGGCGACAGUGAGUCGAAAACAUUGCCUGGUUGAAAUUAAAGUCUAUGGUAGAGAAAUGUUUUGUUGAGUUUUGAGUUCGAGUUUAGAGUGUUUUAACUGAAACGUUUGGGUAGUGUUGUUGCCUUUUAUUGGAGGCUUUUUAAUGAAUAAUGUUCUGACCUGCUGUUUGCAGAUGUUUACUUAGUGCGUUAUUUUCUCACAAGCUGUGGUAGUCCUGGUUGAUAUUUAAUUAUUAGGAAGUGAUAGAGACACA